UAAAAUUCUGAGGGUAAAGACGUCAUGUGAGUACGGACCGAGGCUGGUGAUCGUCAAAGGACCGUGAAUCACUGUGACAAGAAUAUAUGUGGCAAUUGUAGAGCUCUGCAGUCAACAGUUUUCGAAGGUUCCCGCACUGGUAAGGACUGUUCUAAAGGCAAAUUUGGUUCCUCUAAAAAAACAGAAACAUGCAUGAGAAUGUGCGUCCAGUCGUUAAAAGGAGUUCUUGAAAAAGAACACCAGUUCCUUGGGGAGUUAUUGUAGGAUACCAAAGGCGACCCGACAGGCAACAGGAAGAAAGUGUUAAUUUAUACUAGAAGCACCUGGGGUUUUAAGGCACCAACGAAUCAUCGAGUUUCACAGAAAAAUUACUGACUUUUUGCGGUCGCGUCAAGUUUCUUCUUGAACAAGGGAAACCUGGGCUAUCUUAAUUCAACACUUAUAUUUGAUGUCCAGACGAAGCGCUCGAAACCAUACUGACGGCGUUAGCCGCAUUUGAACUGGGUAACCCAAUUGACUGUGACCAAGAAAAGGUGAAAAAGCAGUUGUUGAACAUUAAUUGAUAAACAUAUCAAGAAAAGCGGGUGAGCUGACUUUGAGGAUUCAAUACAACACAAACAACUGAUCACUUCAGUUUGCAAGAGCCAAGUGAGCAACCUUCCCCGAGAGCUUACUUCAACAUGAAUAACACAACAAAUAACGAAACUGGACCGGGAAAUAUAAAUAGACAAGAGGAUGAGUUAAAGAAGAAGCUUCUCUUGUCAUUUUACGUGAUCGUGUUGUUCUUCACAGUAGUGGGAAACACGCUAGUAUGUUUGGCCAUCUACAUCGACCAACGGUUGCGUAGUCCGACCAAUUGGUUUAUUGCGUCACUAGCGGUCAGUGACUUGUUUUACGGGCUCGCGGGGCUGCCAUUCCGAAUCGUGGUGAAUGUGACGGCCUUAACGAAUCUAAGCUUGUGUUAUCUUUGGAUAUGGGUGGACAUGGUCUGUGCCGCAGCCUCCAUGGCUAACUUAGCUGUCAUAUCGGUGGAUAGAUACUUGAAAAUAACCAAACCGUUCAGUUACCAUAGACAUAUGACGAAAAAACGUUCGUUCUUGGCUAUAGGCGGCGUGUGGCUGUACGCGCCCAUAUUGGCGUCGUUUGCCAUAAUCAAAUGGCCUGGAGCACACGGGGUAAUAAUAGACAUUUCAAACGAUCUCUGCUACAACGACAACAAAGUGUUUUACACUGUGGCCAACAUAGUUGCUUUCCUUUCUCCGCUCAUUGUGUUGAUCGUCAGUUACAGUUUAAUUUUUCGCACAGCCUUAAGCCAUUUCAACAAAAUGAAGGACAUGAUCGUAGGCUCAAGCAGUAAAGAGGACAGGCGCAAGCAGAGAAGUAUCGUGCGCGACUUCAAAGCCACCAAAACACUAGCCAUUGUGCUGGGUACAUUCACAGUAUGCUGGUUGCCCUUUUUCAUUAUGUUCACUAUUUCUUACUACAAUCCUAACUACCUACGUCACUUUCCAAUGAAGGUGCAAACAGCGAUCUACUUUCUCUUCUUUUUCAUACUACCGAACUUAAAUAGCGCUUGUAACCCUGUCAUUUAUGCCUACUUCAACAUCGAGUACCGCCGGGCUUUCAAGAAGAUUAUGUGGUCGUUGUGUGAAGAUUCAAGCCGAGACCAGACAUUUAGGAGGAGAAAGAGUUCAUUAACGAGCUUCUUCCAAGCUAACCUCGCAAGACGUGGGAGUCCGCAGGAUUACAUAGCAGACGACAAGAAUCACAAUGAUAGGAAGUCUUUUCUUAACGGAAAUACUGAGACGACACACGUCUGAAAGACUUAACGCGGGAUUUCUUUGAAUAGCACACAAGACAUGAAAAGCCACACAGUGGAUAGCUUCAAGAAGAAAAAUUAUACGAACGUUCUCGGAGAUUACUUUAGUUGUGACGCCGGCUUUAUCACCAAAAAUCAUGUACCAGAUUUGCAUGUGUACUUUAAAGCAAGCAUUCUCUUUUGAUAAUCGAGUGCCAAAAUGCGGCGCGUAACGAUUGCAUUAAAAGGCUCGGAUUUAACAAUGCAGCUUGCUAGCAAGCAGUAAUUUCUAUUAAUCUGCUAAACUUCUGAACAAUUAAGACAAAAGUUUCGUCUAAGUUUACAUAUUAAUUACGCAGCAGCCAAGGUUCCCUAGGAAUGCAGAGUUUUUCUUUGCAGGUCUAGCCUCGCAGCGAAACGAAUUUACAAGACGUCCGCGAGUCUUUGAUUUUGGCGGGAAAAUGUGAUUUGCCAUAGUAAUGAUAAUUUGUCUCGAAGAUCUUUCGACAAUGACGUAAUGCAUGUAGGUAAUCAAAAGUCUUAGAAACAUGGCUCACGUUCAGUAGAUGAUUUUGUGACCAGGAAAACGCUUUCAAUCGUCCCAGCUGAGUUAACUUUCUCACUCACUAAAAUUAAGUUCUAGAUGUAUAUCUCCACUGACAUAUUAAAAAUUUUGCAGUAAAAUCUCUUUCACAUACAACUGUAGUGGAACUCGUUCGUAAAGACAAACGCAUGUUACCCAGGCCUAAUCGAAUAACAUAUAUUUUUUAGUUUUUAAUAACAUAUGUACAUAAAGAGAGGGUUACACAGAAUAUUUGGGACUUUGACCAAUCUUGAUAGAAAAACAAUCAUUAAAAUCUUGGUAAUUA